GGACCUUCUGACGUGUUCCUGCAGUCUGUAGAGAGCCACUGACGGCUCGUUAGCCAGCACGUACAUGCUCUCCGUGAAUUUGUCACUAACUGCGUCCACGAAGUACAGACAAAAGCAGACCCGUGUUAGAAAAAGACAAAACUCUGGAGGAAAACAUCCAACAGCAUGGGACAUGGACAAAUAGGGAUGUAUAGUACUGGCAUAACAUUAGCGGCUAAGGUGAGCUAGCAGCUACUAGCUUAGUUGCAGCGUUGAAAGGUAACAAUGAGUGAUCAUGGAGGGCAGAGGUGAUGAAGAGGUUGCAGAUGGCCAACAUAUUCGGUCAUCUAACGCUAAUGUUUGUCCUUCCGAGUCAAGAGAUGAGGGGUCCAAUGUGUCUCCAGAAAACAUGGAUGUGGAUGAAGACGGUAUGUUCAUACAUCCCACCACUCUGACCAACAAGCAGCGUGGGAAUGAGGUUACUGUACGCCCAGCAACAUUAGAUUCUCUGUCCAUACACCAGUUGGCAGCUCAAGGCGAGGUUUCACAAGUGGCUGCACACCUGAGUAAAGACAGCUCACUGCUGAGCAAACAGGAUGAACGGGGCUUUACGCCUCUCAUGUGGGCAGCAGCGUUCGGAGAGAAAGCAGUGGUGGAUUUUCUCUUGGAAAAGGGUGCCGACCCCAAAACAAUUGCGAGGGAGCGAGAGAGUGCCCUGACACUGGCCAGCUCUGGAGGUUAUGUGGACAUUGUGGAGUCUCUUCUCAGACAUGGAGUAGACAUUGACACUUUUGACUGGAAUGGUGGGACUCCUCUUCUUUAUGCUGUACGAGGGAACCACAUCAAAUGUGUAGAGGCACUUUUAGCCAAAGGGGCAGACAUGACCAUUGAGUCGGACUCUGGGUACAGUCCAAUGGCCUUAGCUGUUGCUCUUGGACACAAAAAGAUUCAGAAAGUGUUGGAGGACCAUAUUCUGAAGCUUUACACGCCACCAACAUGACACUAGUUAAAACAAGUAACUGGAAACAGCCUGAUGCAGUUGAUCUCAGAUCUACAAGCAGCUGUCGUCAGUGAUGGACCAAGACUUCUGUCACAAUAACAAGUCAUUGUAUUGGACAGGCAGAGACAUUUACACCGGAAAACUACAGUUGUUAUUUUAUAAAUAGUUUAUUCCACAUGUUUGUUUUGUAUGCAUUACAAUGUACAAAAACCUUGUACAAACAAGGACAAAAUGAUAUGUUGUGCAGCAGAAUUAUUUUUGUUUGGCUGAAUGACAGCAAAAAAGGACUGAAGAAGUUUUAUUAAAAAUUUAUUUUUAUACUGUGUAUACAUUCCACUGGAAUGAGGCUUUAUUAAAAAGGCACAAUAUAAGUACAGAGAGCAUGAUUACAAGUGCUCUUAUAAAUCAAAAGAAACCCACUCGAUCUGCAAUUAAAACGGAUUCAAGCCUUCUGUGUUUGAGUUAUGAAGAGUGAGAUGGCUUGAUAGAUCCAAAAAAGGCCACAUUCACAUCAGUUUAUGAGGUGGCAGCACAGACUACAAGUUUCCCAAGUGCCACCACACCAUCCUGCAUCCUGUACGUUACUCAGGAAUCAUUUCCUCUCUCACGAGAGUAUUAAAAAAAAUGGUCACGAGGCUUUUUCCCCCAGGACGUCCAAGGAAUAAACAAUAAUUCUCCCAAAAAAGUCGGCACUAUUCUCAAACAUUAUUUUUACUUUGUUCACAGCAGGGGCCUCCUGUAUGGGAAAGUUGUGGGUGUGGAGUUAAGAACAAGAUAAGCAUGGCAAUAAUGAAAAGCAUGUCCAGGAAAACAUUGUCUGAUACUUAUUUUGAACUGUGUAGAAGGGUAACAGGAAACACACUGUUCCCCGAGUGACAGGUACAGCUUCAGCUGCUGUAUUAGUCCUAGUGUAGACGACAGGCUGAAUGUGAAUGUAAUAAAGCAGUAGUGCAUUUAAGGAACUGCAAUGUUUGUCUGAUACAGUGGUUUUG